UAAAGCGACCAAAGAGAGAAAAGAAGCAACCUGACUGCUGUUAAAUAUCGGGAUGUUUUGAUUUACUAAUGAUACUAUUAUGUUCUAUGGGAAAAUCAAGACCAGUAAGCGCUUCGUAAGGUUUUGUUUAUCUUACCGUAUUUGUGGUUCCAACAAAGAUAAUAAAACAUUUAUCCGUGCUCUGUAUUGAGGCAUAAAUUUCAAACUUUACGAGUUUCCGGGGGACAUGUUUGUGAAUGAAGAUAUUGAGGCACGCAGUUCUUCGAGUUUGGACAAGAUUGGGGGUUAUUUUGAAUAAGAAACUUCCUUUUAAGAGCAGAUGAAGUGAACGUUUUUUCGUGAUCUUUGGAUGAUAAAUGAUGUACGAAUUUUGCCUACAAGAUCCGAAGUGAAACCAACUCAGUGACAGCCUUGGGCCCCAUACACAGAGAACAUCACCAAAACAAAAACACGUUUUCGCCAUAAUAGUUGUAAUGUUGCUGUUUUAAUGACGAGAAGCGCAGAUAUUACUUGCUUUGGAUUGGAAAGAAUAGUAUGACAUUUACUAUACUACUCGGGAAUAUAAUAGAAGAAAUCUUAAAGUUUAGAUCAUGGAUGUGGAUAUUCGUAUGGUUUGUUAUUUUCAAGAGUGUUACUGGCGCGGGGAACAUGUCUGCCGUGGAACGGGCCUGUGUAGAUGGCGCUAAAAUCCAUGUUUCUUGGACGACCAAUGCGCCUUAUAUUUACGAACAAAACAACGCUAAACGAGGUGUUCUAUUGGACAUAUUUCAAAAGGGAAUUCAAUCUUGUUGUAAACCAGGAGUUACUAUAUCUUUUUCUUCGCCUGAGAUGGAAAGAACAAUGAUUGAAGAUGUCCUGCUUGCAAAACCGGAUUCUAUUUUGCUUCCAGUAGGUCGUAAUUUAGGCAAGAUAAACACAUUCUAUGGUCGACCGUUUGUUGUGUUUGUGAAGUCGCCUGGAAUUGCUAUUGUAACUGGAAAGACUGUCUCGGGUGCGGAUUUGCUAACAGCUAUCGUGAACUCGUGGCCGAUCCUCGUAUUCAUUGUGACAUCGCUCAGUCUAAGCGGCUUUGUUGUUUGGUUAUUGGAUCAUGGCUCAAAUACGGAAGAGUUUCCCGACUUUUUCCCCCUGGGUGUUUUUGAAGGGUUCUGGUGGGCCGCAGUUACAAUGACAACCGUCGGGUACGGUGACAAGGUCCCCCGCAGCGUACCAAGUCGUCUGUUUGCUGUCGUCUGGAUCAACGCAGGCCUCGUCAUCAUUGCGAUGUUCAUGGGAAUUGUGACGUCAUCGUUGUCUAGCAACAUGAUUGGAAAUGCCUCUCAUCUCUAUGGCAUGGUGGUUUCUGUUAAAAACACGUCCGUACAGUAUCAAUACGCAGUUUUUCAAAGCUCUUUUGUGCGUGCGAAAGCGACGUUCGAAGAAGUCUACUCGAGUGUUGCGUCGGGCGAGUCGCAACUCGCGCUGGUUGAUUUCCUCAGCUCGACACAACACGACUCGUACUACUCGCAACACAAGCUUACUGUCGCGUCCGUCUUAGAACAGUCUGUGGCCUACGGUGCAGUGUUGCCGCAACAUAGUAACAAUCUCGCGCAAUGUCUCCGCGACUUCCAGCAGAGGCAUUCGGACGAAGGCUUAUUUCUUUUGGACAGUUAUCUCUCGCAUGCUAAGGAUCCUAACAGUGAGGCAACUGAUGGAACGGACUAUUUCGAUGGAAGCAUCUUCGGGUAUUCGGUGUAUGCGAUGGCAGGUCUCUUCCUGGUUAUACUAGCCGUCGGUUUGUAUUGGCAAAAGUAUCACUUGCCAAGGAGGGGAGAGUGGAGGGAAAGCAAAGCGGGUCGAGACGCCGAGCUACAAGAGGUUGAAAUCGAACUUUCUACUGCUGGCGCCAAACAACAAUCAGAGCUCCCGUCUGACACGCAUACUCUGUCUGGCAAAACCUCUGGUCUCAGUACUGAAAGACUGAUGGCUCAGCAGAGUGCAGAGCUGCUAAGAGUAAUGGACGAGUUCCAAUCUUAUAGACAGUCAUGGGAGAAGUCAUUUCGUUUGCUCCAAGAAAGGCAUAGACGUGAGCAACGGGAACUAUUUCGGCUUGACAAUAUGGGUUAUGACAUGUAGCAGUUUUCAGGAUCUGUGUGUUGCACGUUUUAGCGAGAGUUCUAAUCUUAUAAACAGUUAUGGCAGAAGUCAUUUUGCUUGCUCCAGGAAAGGCAUAUAUGUGAGCAGCGGUAACUACUUCAGCUUGACAAUAUGGGUUAUAAAAAUUAAACUUUUUCAGGAUCUUUAUGUUGCACGUUUUUGGGAGAGUUCUAACCUUACAAAUUGUCAUGGCAGAAAGCAUUUAGCUUGCUCCAGGAAAGAAAUAGGUGGUAGCCGUAGUAUAUUUUAAAUAUUUUUGAAUAUAUUUUCCGGCAUGGGAUGACUGUAAGAUCUGAGACAUCGGUACGCCUCAAUCGGAAAUAAAAAAAAAAAAAUGGGGGAUUUUCUUACCCUGGUCCCAGAGGCUCGAACGUCUGUCAGUGAGGAACGCAGUAGGCUUGCCGAAAACUUUUGCGGCCCAGCUACGAGAGACGUUCGGGACUUCGGAACCAGGGGUAGGCGUUUCUAGUCGUUGCUUGAGAUCUGCAUUUCCUGUUUGCUAUUCAAAGCGUAGGAAGCCCGUAUUAAAACUUAGUUUUUUCUUCGCUUCUUUCGAACUGAGGCGACUGGGAUAUAUACCUUUGAGGUAUUUAUCGAUUUUGUAGCCGGUAUCUUGAGUACCCGCCCUGCUAAAAGGUAAUUAAAUCGAAAACUGGGCACAGAAUGGUUACUCAGUUUUUAUUGGCUUUAAGAUAUAUAUGGUAUCUAGUUAGCCUAUAUUGGCUUGAGGUUUUGCAUGCGGACGACGUUAUCUGGUAUCUGGGAUAUCUAGAUGGUGAAGAUACCACCACCUCUUUUUGCCUAGUAGUAGGGGAAUGAUGGAUCUUUAAAACACCAUAAAUGCUUAGAUUUCAACAGCCAGUAUGGCUUUAGCCAUACGACGCGCGCUACCGAGGCCACUUGCUAAUUUAAAGGGGAUUUCAUCGCGUUUCAAUGUACACUAAAGCACUUCUUUGCAACUCCUGUUGCCUAGUGACGUUAGGAUGCCAAUCAGAUAGCAUGUUUCUCGCAUCCUUAUUGGCUUCGCAAAACUGUCAAAGUAGCCACGGUAGCGCGCGUCGUAUCAGAUAGCAUAUUUCUCGCAUUCUUAUUGGCUUACUUCACAAAACUGUCAAGGUGGCCAAGGGAAACGACUAUAAAGGACCGUGCAAAGAGCGUCAACAUUGCUAGCGAUAUUUUUACCCGAUUUUGGAGGCUUUUGUGAAGUUUACCUGUCUAUCUGACUGAAGCAUACUUCACGCUUGUUUGCGCAAGUGGGGUUCUGACCAUAGGUAGCCCAGGCUUUUUAUUUGUCCCUAUUGAUUUUACGGUAAACAUAGGUCGAAAAACAAAAUUAGU